GUGAUGUGAAUGCUUGUCGACCAAGCUUCAGCGAGGAGGUGAAAAGAGCCUUAGAUCUCGCCGUUGAGUCGUGGCCAAGCCACGGCGACAACGCCUCGUUGCUGGCCUUUCGCACCGCUCCAGAGGCGUUCCGUGCGAUCAUGGGACUGAAUGUGGAGCUCAUGGGGGAUCACCAGGCCUGCGAUUGUGCUCUGGCCUCGGCCGCUGCGGCCUUGAUCUGGCACCAGGAGGAGAGCCCAAAGUUGGCUCGGCGAAUCCAUCCCAGGUGGUUUGUGUACCACAUCGAGUGGCAGCUUCUGCUGAACUCUGGCUGGGGCGGAAUCUUUGGUUGGCUGAAUCGAUUCCCACCAGAGAGCGAAGGCGAUUCCGCCGACCUCGACGACCUUCCCUUUGAGGAGGACCUCCAACAGCGAACCAGGGACUUGAUUGAGGUCAUGAAGGCUGAACAAUCUAAGGCCCAAAGAAUCAUGAGCACUUUGGAAGACGGGCAAGGUGCAUAA